CCCCUGAGCAGGGGACAAAGCCGCUUGUUAACUCAGCCUCGCUCCUGUCUUGUUGCUUUAGGGCGCCACAGCCUGGCCGUGCUAGUCACAGCCGUCAUCAACGAAGACGGGACCCAUCACUUCAUCAUGGUCGCCCGGCUGGAUGACGUUCAGAUCGCGAACUACAGCAGUGACACGCGAGAGGUCAGAGCCACCCACGAGUGGGCAGAACAGGCCCUGGGCGCUGAGUAUCUCCAGGAAAAGACCCAGGAGUUCUGGACAUAUGAGGAGGAUUCUAAAGGAGGUAUCAGGAGGUGGAUGCAGCUGCACAACCAGACGGACGUGCCUCCCGAGGUCUCGGUUUCCUGCAGAGACACCCCCGACAGCUCCAUCAUCCUCUCCUGCCGCGCCAGGGGCUUUCACCCACGUCCCAUCCAUGUCUCCUGGGUGCGGGACGGAGAAGACAUCCUGGCGGAGAUGGACUCCAGCGGGAUCCUGCCCAACGCCGACGGCACCUACUACACGCAGUCGUCCCUAGAGAUCUCCCUGCAGCAGGACGGGCACCGCUACGCCUGCCGGGUGGAGCACAGCAGCCUGGGGGAGCCCACGCUCGUCUGGGCCCCUGGGAAGAAGGGCCCCCUGCCCCCUGGGGUCCUGGCCGCCAUCGUCCUGGCCGUGCUGGUUCUGGCUGGAGCCGUAGGGGCCGGCGUCGUCCUGUGGAGGGGAAAAUCAGCAGGCCCCUACGCUCUGGCAGCCACAUAGAUCAGAGAAGAUUCUGCCUCCAGCUCUUCAUGGGGGCAGACACCCGGAGCGUGGGACGGGACCCCAGCGUCGGGGGAGCCCUGCCCAGCUGUUGACCCUGCUGUCUCCGUGAUCUCUGUCCACUGACUCCCUUCUGCUCUGGGGGAGAUUCUGGCGUGGCUGUUAGAGCAGUUUUCUCCUGUGGUGUUGGGUCUUAAGCUGUUGUAUUGCAGGGUUUGCAUCUCUCCUGCAGCUUGUUCAUUCCAAGUCACCGGUCACUGGGCCCUUCUCCGGCCAGGGCCAGGGGCGGCUCCAGGCACUAGCAUGCCAAGCGCAUGCUUGAGGUGGCAAGCCAC